AUGUUUAACACAUGGAUUGUUAUUCUUGCUUCAGUCCAGCCAAACCUAAAGAGAAAAAAGAAACUUCUGCUUUUGAUUUCUUUGAUUCUACUUCAGUUGAAAGGGAAUCCAGGAAAACAUUUGCCAAAAGAGAAAACAGGUGAAUAACUAACUACUCUUGUUUUGCCCACAAUUUUUUUUUAAAGAAAAAAUCAGGCAUCCUGUGUAUUGUAAACAGUACUUCAUGCAUCAUGCAUUGAACAGGGAAAACUUUAAACCUCACCAUACCUUGCCUUUCUGUAAAAUUCAUGCAUCAUGUGUUAAUUUUUGGCUUAAUCAAGCAUUCCUUGUAGGUAGAUGCUCUGCCAAUCUGUUAUAGUUGUGUCAGAAUGAACUACAGUGAACACAUACCAUGUCACAAAAUUAAUGGGUAGUGACCAAUUGAGGAAUAGUUUUGGCAAAAACGACACUAUGGACCCCCUCCUUUGGCGUCUAAGAUAUUUAAUAACACAGCCACAUGUGCCUGAUGAGUUUUAGUAUCCUCAUUACCUAUUGGCUGGAUAAUGUAUGGAUAUUCUCGGGAGAAGUUACAUGUUAAUUUCUUCUGGUAGUUAUAUUAUUAUUAUCUCUCAAAGCUCUUUAUAGUUUGUUUUCCAUCCUUUUGAAUUUUAAUGAGAGAUGCAAGACAAAGGAAAAUGAAGAUUAUUAGAAUUAAGGCUUAUUUGGAAAAUCUGCAGAUACAGUUUAUUGAAAAAAUGCUUUGAUUAACUCUUUUACUUCCAAGAUCUCAGUAGUAAUUCUCCUUAAUGUCUGUUAUACAAGUCUUGUAAUGUUAGUGUAAUGAAUUUGGUCUUGGAUCAACUAAUAAUCCCCUCACCGAUAUUUGUCUUUAUUCUCAUCAUUUGUCUGCAUGAUAUUGUAUUGAUAUUGUAAGGAGAAGUUCUGUCUUAGUCACUCAUGGGAGUUAAAGGGUUAAACAAAAAAAUGUAUUUUAUCCUUUUACUCUCAGUUGUUGUUCAAAUGUUGGUUCAAUGUCAGUAUCUGAGAAACUGCCUACCUACCCCUCCCCUAAGCCAACAUUAACCCUUACUUGCUAUCAGUUGAUGGUUUUUUGGGUUAGGGGAGGGGUAGGUGCACACAUGCUUAUAUUGACCCCAAAUGUUUAUAGUGUAGCUACAGAGUUUUUUACUUUUUUGCCAUUUAUAACUUUUCAGUUUGGACAGUGUUAAGAGGCCUUCAAGGGAAGAAUUAAUUAUUUGUCUGCUCAUCUUGAAUCAUUCAUGCACAUGAUAAUUUAUUUUUUAGGGAGCAUAAAACUGUUUGGAUGGACUGACAUUAUUUUGUUAUUACAGGAGUCUUGGAAAGUAUUGAGAGAGAGGAAGCUGCUGAUUUGAUAAAAAGAUAUGGUGGAAAAGUUACCCAAUCAGUGAGCAAGAAAACAAGUUAUUUCAUGGGAUGGGAUCCUGGAGAGAGUAAACUUUCUAAGGUACUGUACAUUGUAAUGCACAGCUCAAAACAGGAAAAAAAAAUGAAAAAGCACUUGAACACCAACACAUAAGCUGCACCUUUUUCCCUAAAUUUUCAUAACAAAUCUGGGGUGUGGCUUACUGAGAAAAUACCAGGGAAACUUGCCACAAAUUUGCAUAAAUAAACACAAUUCAUUGAUGAUGACAAUGAGAUUUCAUAGGAGCCAUAGACUAUAAUAUAAUUUGUUCAUCUUCAUUUCCUUUCUUCCAUCUAUGGGUUUGUCCAUUUUUCCAUCCUGUCAUUUGUCUAGCAGUCUGUCUGUGUCUGUCUAAAGGGGGUAAAUUUUUCAAUAAACUGUGGUGCUGCAUCAUUGGGGAGAUUAACAAGAUAAUGUGGUUUUAUCAACUGAGUUGAGAAUUUAGAUUGGCCUUCCUAAAUAGUUUCUAAAACUAAUGUUUCAAGCACUAGCCAUCUGCUCUGACAAAGGGCUAAAGCUUGCAAUGUCAGCGUUAGAAACUCUUUUUGGUGGCAAAUUUACAGUAUCACUCAGUUUGUCUGUCUGUCUGUCUGUCUGUCUGUCUGCUCUUUUGUGUGUGUACAUUCAUCCAAUUACUCUCUUUCUAUCUGUCACUCACUCUGCUCUUUCCCUCUGUCCAUUCACCCACACCUCAGUUUUACCCUAAAUUCCACCUUUGAGUUCAUCUGUUGGUUCAUGUAUCUGUUCCUCCACCUGUAGACUUGUUUGUGUCACUUAAACUGAAUUACAAGACAGUAUAGUUUUUGUUUAAUCCUUUACACCCUAACAUCAGUAUGCAUAUUCUCCAUACUGUUCUCUAUACAUUUCCUAAUGUGCUGGUAAGGAGAAUUUGUUGAACAAUCAAGAGGUUCAUCAGUUGAUGAUCAUUUGCUGCAUUCUCAUAACCUUAAUGUUUGUUUCAGGGCUGAUAUUGAAAGGAGAAAUUAGAUGUUAGUCAGUCUCAGGGAUUAAAGGGUUCAUCUACAUAAGAUUUUGACAGUAAAGGUCAUUUUGUUUUUGUGCAGGAGAACCAAGUGUGUUAUGGGUGGACAAAUAUCGGCCUCACGCAGUGAAGCAGAUUAUUGGUCAGCAGGGUGAUAAGAGCAACAUGAGAAAGUUGAUGAACUGGCUGAGAGACUGGGGAA